AUGUCAGAGUCCCAGUCAGCGGUUCUGUCCCAAGGCGUUGGAUAUGGGGUUGUCGUGGGCAUCGGGUUCUUCUUCACGGUCGUCAUGGCUGGCAUCUCCAUGCUCCAGAACCGAUACACGAACUUCUCCACCAGAACGAGUGAAGAGUUCAACACCGCCAGCAGAAAUGUGAAACCUGGUCUCAUUGCUGCUGGUAUCGUCUCAGCGUGGACCUGGGCUGCCACCCUUCUCCAGAGCAGCACAGUCGCUUAUACCUAUGGCGUAGCUGGACCAUUCUGGUAUGCUGCGGGAGCCACUGUCCAGAUCCUGAUGUUCUCCAUCCUGGCCUGUAAGACCAAGAUGAACGCCCCUCGAUGCCACACAUACUUGGAAAUCAUUCAAGUUCGCUACGGCACUGUCGCCCACAUUGUGUUCAUAUUUUUCGCCCUUGUCACAAACAUCCUGGUCGGCUCACAGCUCCUGCUGGGUGGCUCCGCUGUCGUCUCCAGUCUCACAGGCAUGAACGUCUACGCAGCCAUCUUCCUGAUUCCACUCGGCGUUGUUGCUUAUGUCCUGAUGGGCGGCUUGCGCGCGACGUUCUUAUGCGACUACAGUCACACGCUUAUCUUGAUGGUGAUUAUCCUUUACUUUAUGUUCCAGGUCUACUGCACAGACGACCUCAUCGGCUCGCCAUCUCGUAUGUUCGAACUGCUAAAGAAAGCGGCAACGCUUCGGCCUGUGACCGGCAACCAAGACGGCAGUUAUAUGACUUUGAAAUCCAACAACGCUUUGAUCUUCGGCGUCAUUCAACUUUGUUCCGGAAGUGGCACUGUCUUCUUGGACCAGGCGUACUGGCAGAGGGCCAUCGCAUCUCGCCCUACGACCGCCGUUCGGGCAUACAUUCUUGGUGGACUGGCAUGGUUCGCCAUCCCUUUUGGCUUCGCCACGACCCUGGGAUUAGCAUCAGUCGCCCUGACCGACAACCCCGCAUACCCGACAUACCCAAAUGCACCUUCGUCGAGCCAGAUCUCCGCUGGCCUUGCAUCCGCUUUUGCAGCGAGCACACUGCUCGGCAAAGGCGGGGCAGUGGCCUUGUUGAUCACGCUCUUCAUGGCCGUGACAUCCUGUGCAUCUGCAGAAUUGAUCGCCGUCUCAUCGAUCCUUACCUUUGAUAUCUACAAAACCUACAUCAAGCCCAAUGCUACCCCCAGCAAUCUGAUCUUCAUGGCCCAUGUCAAUGUCGCCGUUUUCGGUCUGACCAUGUCCAUCUUUGCCAUCAUCUGGAAUGUUAUCGGAAUUGAUCUGGGCUGGUUGUUCCUGGUCAUGGGCCUGCUGAUCGGCGGUGCUGUGUUCCCUGUCGCAUUUGCUAUUACUUGGAAAGGACAGAGUCGAGCGGGUGCCAUCGCGGGAGCUUUGAGUGGACUUGCCGCUGGUCUUACUGCCUGGCUUGUUGAAGCCAAGGUCUACUAUGGAGAACUGACCCUGACGACCACGGGAUCAAACUACGCUACGCUGGCCGGCAAUUUGGCCGCGAUCAUGACUGGCUUGAUCGUCUCGGUCGUGGUGUCUUUGCUCAAGCCGGACAACUAUGACUGGAGCACGACUCGGGCCAUCAACGCAGCGGGCUCCCAUGCCACCCUAGACGGGACCACUCCCCCAGCGACAGAUUCUUCCCGGUCAAGCACCACGCAGCGGACCGGCGGCGCAAAGAGCAAGGACAUCAAAUCCGUCAACGAAUCAGCAUCCCCGGCACCAAUAUCACCCGUGCUUGUACCUACAUCUGCACCGGACGAAAAGCACUUGACGACAACCGUCAAUCACGACACCGACCCUAUCCGCGCCGAUGAAGAACGCCAAAUGUCACUUGACGCAGCCAUCGAGGAACACCCGUCUCGUCUACGCUCAGCUUUCAAACUCGCCUGCAUCGCCUCUUUCGUCCUACCCUUCAUCAUGGACUUCUUGAUCCCUAUUCCUAUGUUCCUGAGCCAUUACGUCUUCUCAGUGGGAUUUUUCACUGCCUGGGUCGUUAUCAGUUUCAUUUGGGUGUUCAGCUCCGCCUUGAUCAGCGUUGUCUUGCCCGUCUGGGAGACAAGGGGGUUCUUUGCCAUACUGUUUACGCAGGUCCUUGGAGAUAUGAGAGGGAGAAAGAGGUCUUCGUGA